UUUUUUUAUAUUUAUAUUAUGUAUUCAUUCUUUUAUUCAUACGUAAAGGUACUUCUUACUAAAAUUUCCCGCUAAAUUAAUGCGCAACGGAUAUGUACCCUCUUUGCCGUGAAUUUAGUAUUUUUCGAAAUUGUCUAUUGAGAUAUAUCAAUUCCCUUUUAUUUCAAAGCAUUCCAAGUUUAAUGGUAUAAUCUCUUGUGGACAUGAUUGUAAUAUAUACCGUGAAACAGAAUAUAAAGAUAAGCUUAUUCUUAUUAUUAAGGACACCUUAUAUAACUGAAUACGUAGAUCGGCGCAUGCGCAGUGUAUGCAUUUUGAUGCUCGCUUUCAGUCUUCGCCGCGUGUCGCUCGAGUUCAAAUCGUUGUGCUCGUGUUCGCACAACGUUCGUUGUCAGUUUGACACGCAGGUCCGUCCUGUAUACAUCGGCGGUAUGUGGUGUGAUCGGUUUUCUUUGAUAUGACUAAAAUUUCUUCGCACGAUGAACUUUAUUUGAACAUAAUACAAAGAAUUUUAAUUAGAACCUACAAUUUUAUUUAUACAUAAUCAUCGUUAUUAUUUGACGGCGUCGCGUGCAUGUAAAUAAAAAACAAGUGAAAAUAGAGACUUCAAAACCAUUUUGUAGUGAUCAACGUUACUCUUUGACGUUCUCGGAAUGAAUAGAUUCAUUUUUCGUUGCUGCUGUUAUUUUGUCUUCGACAUAAACUUCGAAGUAGAGUGAUUUUGGAUCGACGCUCGAGAAGCAUCUUUUUUUACAAACGCAGUCUUCGAAGUUAAAAUCAUGAGCGAUACACCGAAAGUGGAGUUUGCUCUCGGCAGCGAAGUGUCGUUGGGACACUUUUUUAAAAGCAGCUUCGCGCGUUCUUUCGUAACCAACUGUCGCGAUUCAAAAUCGUUCGACUUCGAGCUUCUUGACACGACCAUCGCCGAGGAAGCGGAACCGAAUGGCAACAAUAAUUUUUUUUCACUCGUCAAUUUCGAAGAUAGAGUAAGGAUCACGGAUAAUAAUGUUUUUGACAAGGACUCGGCAAAGUUUUGGAAAACGAACGAGGUGAUUCAACCGGCUACGGACAUGAACGAAUUAGGAAAACUACGAAAGCAAUGUCAAUCGCUGAUCGAGGAGAACCGAAGACUGCAGAACGCCCUGACGACCAAUCACAUACCUCACGUACAAGUAAUCGACAGUGUUUUCCUUCAAACCCAAGUUGAAACAUUGCAGUGGCAGCUGAAACAGAUAGAAGCAAACAGACAAAUGUACCGUUCACUGAUGGAGCAAGUGGUUCGUUUCCUGGAUCGAGCCCGAAAGAGCUUGGAUAUUCUUCACGAGAAGAGUAAUCACAAGGACAAGAAUUCAUCAGGACGUGUACCACGUAGCCGUAGCGUUCACGCGGUACACGCGGAUGCGUCGCCGAAUCGUGGUGCCUCAGCAUCCUCCACGUCUUCCUCGGACUCGUCUCGUUUCACCAGGGCGAAAUCUGUGACCCAGAUCUCGCCGUGUACCACGGGUUAUCGUGAAUUCACGUGGUCCAUGCUUCGCAGAAACGACCCUGCUCAUUGCACACCGCCCCGUAAUAAAUCUCAGGAUCUCAAUAACACACACGAGGGUGUGGUUUAUCGAAGGCCGAAACAGCCGGAGCUUGACCCAAAUGAUAUACCACCCGAGAAAUUGUCUCAGGAAGCAUUUAGGCUAAUGAGAACCGUACAAUCUUUACUCGCGAUGAAAGAACCUGACCUUGCGAGGAUUUCGCCUGUGGGAAAUAACGAAUCUUCGCCUUCGCCCGUAGACCGUCAUCGUCAUAAUAAUCACCACGAGUCUCUGACCCUGCAGAAUAACAGCUUUGCAAACUCAACGAGCUUACAGGAAAAUUCAGAUUAUAAGAGGCACUCCAUUUGCGACCGUGGAAACGAAUCGAGCGGUACCGAUAACGAUAGCAGGACCUGUUUUCUAAAAUCCCCAAACGGGGUCGAAGUCGAUCGGAAUCUACAAAAUCUUCUCCCUGGCGUGAGGAGGUCUAUCGACGCUACCUCUCUCAACUCGGGAAGCAGCAAAACCACCGAGGAAGAAGACGGACUUCCACACAAUACUUCAUUUAACGUUUCACUGCCAGAGCACGAUGGUAUUUUUAUGUGUACACCAACUUCGACGCCAGUGAGGCGUUCUAGGAAAGUAGAGAAGAAGGAGAAAGAGAAAUGUUCAAAAUCAAAACCGGCUGCAAGCGUGAGCAGCGUCGAGGAUGAAAGUGGAUUCUCUUCUAUGAGUUCAUUUCAAGAAAUUGGCUUACCCGGUACACUGCCAAUCUCUCCCAUCAGAGGUUGCCACACGGAAGUAGGUUUACCUGAAGUGCCAUUGGAAAAAGCAAGGCAUCGUAGAUGGUCUUCUACUCCAGUUGAGAUUCAGGCUCUCUUUAAGCAGCGAAAUAGUUUUACCACUUCUCAGACCACCACAGAAUCCUUAAGCGUUUGGGUCUGAGCAGUUCUGUUAAUUGUGUAAGCUGAAUUUUGAAUAUUGGUAACUCUGUUGUGUUUGAUACAUUGAAAUUCAGAAAAGAAACCAAUUGACUGAAUGUUGAAUACAAUUGAGUAUUAGUACGAGGUAAUUCUUUGUAAAUAUGUUUUUCAAAAUAUUACCUACUUGUUUUGCAUUCUACUUGCUUGUCUUGUCAAAACAAUUGAAUUUUCGAAAAAGUAUACAAGAAGGGAUAAUUUGCAUAAUAUAUGCUUUAUUUUAAAAAUACAGUUUGCUUUUUAUUUUUUUGACUAAGUUUGCGAACAGUUUGAUGUAAUAACAUAGGACAUGAAUUUGUUCAGAGCUUUACUAGGAAGUUAAUACUUAUGCAAGCGUAAUUAGUACUUUACAUGCGUUAGAUAAGAAGAGUAUGUAUUUCUUGUUAGCUAUGUGCAGAAGAUUUUGCAGAAAUUGUAUUAAGUAUCUGUAUUAAUUAAAGUAACCGAUGAACAUGAUAUACCGCAAAUUAGUACCAAAAUUACAAUAGGAUUUUAACUGUAUUAUAAAGAAAUGUAUUGUAAUUAUGUUAGGCUUAUGAGUAAGCAGAUAAAAUUCAUAUUGUUAUACUUAUUUUGGUACUCGAAACUGUGUUCAACUUGUACUUAGAAGUAUUAACAUGCCAGAAUUAAUUUAUGCAAAUUGUAACCCAUUUUACCUUUCCUGAAUUUGUAUAUAAAAAAAUAUUCAGCAUUCAAAGAA